GCCGAUUUCGAGGAAGGCGCGCGGUUCGAAGACAUCCCGGUCUCAUCACCGAGGACUGCCGCAGCUCCACUUGGCGCAAAGACGAGCCAGCCGUACAAUGAUCAACAUCCGGACCAAUAUUAUCGUGGACACGUAAAAAGUGAUUCAUCCCCAGGAGUCUCUCCCGGAGCUGCGGCUGAUGACGGGGGCGAGGAGG